CAGAGCUCUCAAGCUUUCGCAACUAAAUCAAUGGCCAGGGCUCCGAGCAAGCACGGUCGCGAUCAAUCUCUGUUUUGGAUAGUUUGAUGAAAGAGAAAAAUUAUUGAAAUAGUGGUCGGAUAUGAUGUGGCAGUUAUAUAUAGAUUUCCAGGGAUUUUUGAACAAAUUGCAGGAUUGGGAGAUGUCACCUAGUGACAGAGACAAGAAACUGAAACCACAAGGACUUGGCAAGGAAAAUUUGGUAUCAUCUUCUCAAAAGAUCGGAGUAGUUGGCGAGGAUAGAAGACCCAGGACAAAAGCCCCUGCAUCUGAUAAUCCAAGUACUGCACGACAAUAUGAUCACUUGAGAAAUUAUGAUUCAAUCAGGAAUUUAUCAAGUGGUUUCAUGACAGAAGAGAGCUCGCCCGAUGCUGCAUCAGAGAAGGAGUUGGGUAAUGAGUUCUUUAAACAGAAGAAGUUUAAAGAAGCAAUUGAUUGCUAUUCUAGGGGCAUUGCAUUAUCACCAACUGCAGUAGCUUAUGCAAAUAGGGGAAUGGCUUAUCUCAAAAUAAGAAGAUUCCAAGAGGCUGAGGAUGACUGCACGGAGGCCUUAAAUUUAGAUGAUCGUUACAUUAAAGCAUAUUCACGUCGAUCGACAGCUAGAAAAGAACUUGGGAAACUUAAAGAAUCAAUGGAGGAUGCUGAGUUUGCCAUGAGGCUGGAGCCCCUCAACCAAGAGAUUAAGAAGCAGUAUGCUGAAGCUAAAUCUUUGUAUGAGAAGGAGAUACUUAAGAAGGCUUCUGGAUCAUUGAAAAACUCUAUGCAAGGAGUGCAAAAAGAAGGAAAGUCAAAGGUGGAGGGGAAUGGACAUGAUGGAGGUAUCCAAUCUGUCUCAAGCAGUUCUCAUAAAAUGGGAGCUGCUGCAAUUCAAGAUCGUAACAAGGACAGUGAUGGACAAGUUCCUGCAAGAACACCUAUGUCUGUGGUGGAAGCAGAAAGCAAAAGUAAGAGAGGUAAAGGACGAGAAGCUGAUGCCUCUAGUGAUGAUGCUAUGCAGAGUUCUGGUUUGGAGAGCUCUAAGAGAAAUCACAAAAAGCAAGAGCUCAAAGCAUCAGUGCAGGAGCUUGCUGCUCAAGCAGCUUCUCUUGCUAAGAUUGAAGCUGCAAAAAACAUCACCCCACCAAAUUCAGCUUAUCAGUUUGAGGUUUCUUGGAGGGGACUUGCUGGUGAUCAUACUCUGCAAGCUCGUUUAUUGAAGGUGACAUCACCGGUUGCACUGCCACAGAUAUUUAAAAAUGCCUUGUCUGCUCCAAUUCUAAUUGAGAUUAUUAGAUGUAUUGUCACUUUUUUCUGUGAAGAAAUGGAUUUGGCUGUCAAAUAUCUUGAAAAUUUAGCCAAGGUCUCGAGAUUUGACAUGAUCAUCAUGUGUCUUUCAUCAACAGAUAAAACUGAUCUCCACAAGAUAUGGGAUGAUAUAUUUUGCAGCAAUGCAACCCCAAUGGAGUAUGCGGAGAGGCUUGAUAAACUGCAGUCUAGAUACUGCCCCAAACAAUGAUGGAAGACAAGUUCAUGGUAGAUGGUUCGUGGAGAGUGGCUGAUCAAAGUGCUGGUAUAGCGUGGGUUUGUUACAAUGGCUACCAAGAAAAGGUUGCGCUCCGAUCUGCUAAGCUUGUGCUUCCAUCCACUUUUGCAGCCGAGGCUAAAGCUUGCUUGGAUGCUCUCCAAUGGGCAAGGGAAAAAGGAAUGCUGUGCAUAAUUAUCUGCACUGACUCACAGCAGCUACUUGCAGCUCUAAAGGAAAAUUCCAAUGUAGAUUGGCUUUUAUCAACAAUCAUCAAAGACAUUUGCUAUUAUGGUAGAUAUUUUAAUGUUAUUAUUGUCUCUAAAGUUGAUAGGUCUGUGGUUAAGCCAACUCAUAAUCUGGCAUAUUGUGUAAAUGACUUUCCUACUUGA